GCCUUCCCUGUUUAGUAAACAAUAUGGCGUCGCCCUGUCAGUCGAGUGACUAGUGUGUGAAGCGUAAUCUUUAUAAGUUUUUUUCCUUUACAUUUUUCUGACCAUGUUUUAUUCCGUGGUGCGUUGUGUGCGUAAUGGGAGCGGGCAGUCUGUUCUGAUCGCUCUGGGUGUUAAGACUUUACACGGAGCUGUGACGAGGUCAGAUCAGGGGACACGAGGAGCCUGGGCACUGGCUCCUACCAUCGGCCUCCUCCUGCCCAAUCACCGGCUCAUGUCAGGAUCUGUACCCACAAGAACGCUAUCCAUCUCGGCCGCGGACCCACCAGGGAGAGCCGCACCUCAGGAGUCCGACCCGCAGCAGGAGGAGACGGGGUUCGGUUUGCUGUCUGGGCCCCUGUCUUCUCGUAGGUCUUACAGAAAAAGCAGCCCGUACCUUGAGGACUUGCGAUACCCGGAGGAUGAGGAGGAGGAUGUAGACCGGGGAGAUGCACAGAAGAUGGUGAGGAGGCAGAGGAGAGUGAAUACGCCUUACUGGUACUUUCUACAGUGCAAGAAGCUGAUUAAAGAGGGAAAGCUCCAGGAGGCCCUGGACCUGUUCAGUGGAGACAUGUUGCAGGGAGAGAGGCUGCAGCCUGAGGAGUUCAACUAUAGUGUGCUGAUCGGAGGCUGUGGACGCGUCGGGCAGCUCAAGAAGGCUUUCAAACUCUAUAAUGAUAUGAAAAAGCGUGGCCUGAAGCCUUUGGAUGCGACCUACACGGCUCUGUUUAAUGCCUGCGCCGAGUGUUCAUCUAAAGAGGCUGGGCUCCACCAGGCUCUGAAGCUGGAACAGGAACUGCGUCGUAAAAACUACCCCCUCAGCACCAUCACGUACCAUGCUCUCCUUAAAGCCCAUGCGGUCACUAACCAUCUCCAAGCCUGCCUGCACACUCUCAGGGAGAUGCUGGAGAACGGCCAUGUUGCGACUCAGGAGACAUUUCACUACCUCCUGAUGGGCUGUGUGAAGGACAAAGAUACUGGGUUCAGACUGGCCCUGCAGAUUUGGCAUCAAAUGUUGCUAUCUGGUAUUCAACCAGACGCAAAGAACUACACCCUCCUGCUGCGCGCUGCAAGGGAUUGUGGAAUAGGGGACCCAGCUCUGGCCUCUGCUCUCCUUCUCAGCCCUGUUGAGAUUCCUAAGAGAGUCAGACCAAAGAAAAGAACUCCAUUGCUUGGAAACAAGAUUGACGUAGAUGUUUUAGAAAAGCAACUGUUUAUCCACUCAGAACCAAACACUCUUAACCCUGUAAUCAAACAAGACGGAGCACUUAUUCAACUAUCAGAUCAUCAGAUACAUUCACCACCUGCUAAUGUUGAAGAGAACUCUAAUAGCCCUAAUUUAUUAGAUGUAUUUGAAGGUAAAAAUGCUGGGGUGGUCUCCUUGUGUGCCGUGGAAAACGUUUCAGAUCGACUGGCUCUCAUUGGAGGAGCUCAGGGCUUUUUGCAGAGUAUGGAGGUCAGAAGACUCAAACCAGACCUGAAGACUCUGACCCUGUUGGCGGACAUGGCAGAGCCCAGCCCGCAGGCCCUGUCCCUGCUCCUGAGAACGGCCAAGCAGCACCAGGUCAAACUGGACAUAGCCUUCUUUAACUCGGUGAUUCGCAGAGCAGCUAAAGCAGGAGAUAUGGAAACAGCGCAGGUUGUGGUAAGUACUAUGCGUCAGCGUCAUGUGAGCAUGAAUCUGCAGACAUUUGGAUGUCUGGCUUUGGGCUGUGACCAGGAGAGGGACGCUCUGCAGUUACUUGGCAACAUGGAGGAGUUGGGGCUAAAGCCAAAUGUCCAUGUAUUUUCUGCUCUGAUUGGUCGAGCAACUCGCAGACUGGAUUAUAUUUACUUGAAAAAGCUUCUGUUACUGAUGAAGGAAAAGGAGGUGUGGCCUAAUGAAGUCAUCAUCAGGCAGCUAGAGUUUGCUGCUCAGUAUCCUCCAAACUAUGACCAGUACAAACGCAGAAACAAUUAUUUGGUCCACAUUGAUGGUUUCCGUGGUUACUACCAGCACUGGCUGAGGAGCAUGCCUGCACAGACAGCAGAGCAGACCGAGACAGAGCAGAGAGAGACAGGGGCUGUGCAGAUGAUCGAGGAGGGAGCAGAUGGACUGUCUGAGGCUCAGAGGAACCAGAGAGCUUCAGCUAGGAGAUACCACUCCAAGAAGGGCAAGAGGAGCAGCAGCAGCACCCAGUCUGCUCUGUGAAGUUUAAGCAUAUUCUAGGCCAUAUAAAUAUUGUAAAAUAAACAGCACUGAGAUGUAAAGAUUUCCUUAAAAAGUGCCUUCACUGUUGAAAAAUGUAGAUGCUUGUGGUCCUUGUGAUAGAUUCAUUAGUAUUAUUUGUUUUAAUACUAAGUCUAGUGUGUACAUGUCAAAUAUGGUACAACUUACCCUAAUGGCUUACAGCAGUACAACACAAAACAAUAUGGUAUCAGUUGGUGCAGGAGUGUCCAAAUCUUUUUCAUCAAGGGCCGCAUAUUGAAAUAUAUACACGUGGUGGAUUAAAUGAAUGAUGAAUAAAAUUUUUUUUGCUUAUAU